AUGUGUGUCCCCGUCGGGGGGCUGCUGGCCACCCUGGCCACGGCGCUCGGGGUGGUGGUGGCGUUUGCUCCCGCCCCCAGGAUCACCUGGGAGCACAGAGAGGUGCGGCUGGAGAAGUUCCACGAGCCGGGCAUCUUCAACUACUCCGUCUUGCUGCUGAGCGAGGACAAGAGCACCCUGUACGUGGGGGCCCGGGAGGCCGUGUUCGCCCUGAAUGCACUCAACGUCUCUGAGAAGCAGCACGAGGCGUAUUGGAAGGUCUCAGAAGAUAAAAAGGCAAAAUGUGCAGAAAAGGGGAAAUCGAGACAGACCGAAUGUCUCAACUACAUCCGCGUGCUGCAGCCGCUUGGCCCUGGUGCCCUGUACGUGUGCGGGACCAACGCCUUCCAGCCAGCCUGUGACCACCUGAACUUAACGUCCUUUCAGUUUCUGGGGAGAAGCGAGGAUGGCAAGGGCAGGUGCCCCUUUGACCCCGCACAGAGCUACACGUCCGUCAUGGUCGAUGGGGAGCUGUAUUCCGGGACGUCCUAUAACUUUCUGGGAAGCGAGCCCAUCAUCUCCCGAAACUCGUCCCACAGUCCUCUGAGGACGGAGUACGCGAUACCGUGGCUUAACGAGCCAAACUUCGUCUUUGCGGACGUGAUCCGAGAGAGCCCGGACGGCACGGACAGCGGGGACGACAGGGUGUACUUCUUUUUCACCGAGGUGUCCGUGGAGUACGAGUUUGUCUUCAAGCUGAUGAUCCCCCGGGUGGCGAGGGUGUGCAAGGGGGACCAGGGCGGUCUGCGGACCCUACAGAAGAAGUGGACGUCCUUCCUGAAGGCCAGGCUCAUCUGUUCCAGGCCGGACAGCAACCUCGUCUUCAACGUGCUGCAGGCCGUCUUUGUCCUCAGGGCGCCGGACCUGAAGGAGCCCGUGUUCUACGGGGUGUUCACCCCACAGCUUAGUGACUCUUGUGUGGAAACCGGCAUCUGCCCGUCAUGUGGCUGGUGUGUGGGGCCGUGGUGCAUCAACCGCGAGGCGCGGGCGGCCAACUUCUCCAGCUCCCUGGGUCUGCCGGACAAGACCCUGCAGUUCGUCAAGGACCACCCCCUGAUGGACGGCUCCGUGACCCCAACAGACAACAGGCCCAGGCUGGUCACGGGCAACGUGAACUACACGCAGAUCGUGGUGGACAGGACCCGGGCCCUAGACGGGACCGUCUACGACGUCAUGUUCAUCGGCACAGACCGGGGCGCCCUCCACAAAGCUGUCAACCUUGAGAAUGACGCCCACAUCAUCGAGGAGACCCAGCUUUUCCGGGACUUCGAGCCGGUCCAGACGUUGCUGCUGAAUUCUGAGAAGCGGGAAGGUGUGCGGGCCGCGGCCCCCGCCCUCUCUUCGGGCUGGCGGGCCUGGGUAGGCUUGGGAUGGCGUGUGCGCCCCCGCAGUGGCAGGAAGCGGCUGUCCGGGGUGGAAAAGACGCCCGCCGGCAGGUUCCUCUGGGCCAGGACGCUGGCCUUUGCUGUAGAGGCCGGCCAGCAGCCACCGCUGAGACCCACAAUUCAGGAGAUGAGUGGAGACGCGUCCGCCUGCCCGGAUAAAAGUAAAGAAAGUUUCCGGCAGCAUUUUUUCAAGCACGGCGGCACAGCGGAACUCAAAUGCUCCCAAAAGUCCAACCUGGCCCGGGUGGUGUGGAAGUUCCGGGACGGCGUGCUCGACGCCGACGGCCCCAAGUACAGCCUGGUGGGCAGGAAGCACCUGCUCAUCUUCAACCUGUCGGAGGGGGACAGCGGCGUGUACCAGUGCCUGUCGGAGGAGCGGGUCCGCAACGGGACGGUCCUGCGGGUGCUGGCCAAGCACGUGCUGGAGGUGAAGACGGCCCCGAGGGCCACAGACGCCCCCGCCUCAACGGGCGCCCGGACGGAAGGCGGGAGGACCACCGCCCGAGCGGUGACGGAGCCCGCCCGCGGCCCCCCCGCGCAGACCUCCGCUGCGCGGGUCCCCGUGCCCGGGGCCGUCGCCCCGCCGCCCAGCCCCGCACCCACGGGCACGUCCUGCGAACCGAAGAUCGUCAUCAACACGGUCCCCCAGGUGCACUCGGAGAAGACGAUGUAUCUGCAGUCCAGCGACAACCGUCUGCUCAUGUUCCUCUUCCUCCUCUUCUUCCUGCUGUGCCUCUGCCUCGUGUCCUACAACUGCUACAAGGGCUACCUGCCCGGGCAGUGCCUGAAGUUCCGCUCUGCCGUGCUGCUGGGGAAGAAGCAGCCCGUGGCGGACUUCUCCGAGUUCGAGCAGAGCGCCAAGGAGACGCUGGUGGAGCCGGGCAGCUUCUCCCAGCAGAACGGGGGGCAGCCGCGGCCGGCCCUGGACACGGGCUACGAGACGGAGCAGGACACCAUGGCCAGCAGGGUGCCCACCGACAGGGAGGACUCGCAGAGGCUGGACGACCUCCCGGCCAGGGACGGGCCCUUCGACGUCAAGUGUGAGCUGAAGUACGCCGACUCGGACGCGGACGGGGACUGA